AUGUCACGCAUGCCAACUUCUGUUAAGGCACCAACCUCCUCCAACCUAUCUGCAGACUUCGCCGAAAAGGGCUUUGCUCCCGAACCCCACACUCCACCAGAGAACCCGGAGUCUAUCAGUCUGUGCUACCUCCAUCUACGGGACAAGGAGGGGAGAGAUGUCAACCAGAAUGUUGUUGCAGAGGAGGCCAGACCAAGAACAAAAUCUGAUCCCACACCCAAGGGCACAUCCUGCCAACCUGGAACGAAGAGUGAACCGGAUACGCCCGAAGUCUGCAGGUCCCGUUCCUUCACUAUGGACAGCCAGGUGAAAGUGGAGGGCACCCAAUUCUACUGUGACUCCUGCAAAGCCAAACUGAAGAAUCGGUCUGGGGGAGGUGGGAUGGAUGUGAAGUGUGUGAAUUCAUGUGGGUCAUCCACCUGUAGGGACAAUUCAGUAGACCUCAUAUCCUUGCCACCUCCAGAAAACAAGAAAGAUAAGGAGGAAGAAAAGGGUAGACGUAAAGGAGAGAGCUUGGCAGUUGAUCGGGACGUAGGGGAGACUGCAACCUUUUUGCCUUCUGCUGCACCCCCACCACCGGGAUUUGGAGAUAACAGUUCAGAUGAGGAGGACCCAAAGAGGACCAUUGAAAAGGGCCAUGAAAAGGGCAAGGAACAAAAAAAAGCAAAUGUGAACCCUGUAUUUAGCUAUGAAGAGUUACCAGUCACUUUAAUAGACAGUGUCCAGACAAGGACAGUCAGAGAUCAUGCAAGGGAGCUGGAUGAUGCUCUAGUUUCCACCCUUCAAGCUCUAGAGGCUCUUGCUGCUUCUGAGGAUUACCCCAGCGCUGCACCUCAGUCCACAGCAGGCCUCAUUGUCCUUGCUGCUAUCACUCCAGACUCUUCCCUGGAUUCUGGUCAUGAAACUAACUCUUCAGAGCUAACGGAUGUAUCGGAAAUGGUUACUGCCUUAAAGCAACAUCACAACACUGCCUACUUCCUGGCCCACCACCUCAACAAGGAAAGUCUUCUUUCCCGGAAGGACCUUCCAUUUAGAAUACAGACCUGUGCUGCUCAGGCUGUCCUUGCUUCUCCUUAUUCAUUGAGCAGAGAAACUAGCCCCUUACUAAAACCUGCUCUGUUACAGCAAAGUUUGAUCAGUACCAGCCUACAUCAAGAGUCAGUGGCUGUCCCCUCAAGCCCAAAAUUCAACUUAAAUAAUGCUGUGUCCAUACUUACAUCUCCCGAAAAACCUAAAGAAGGCACAAGUUCAGCCACUUCCACAGAACCUUCAAAGAUUUCCCAGAAUCCGCCAAGGAAGAGUUCCACCAUGGCUACAGAGUCAACAAAAGACUCUUCAGAGGCAGGUUUUUUUAUCGGCAAAUCCAAUUGUUCAGAGCACUUUAUCAGCCAUGUUGAAUGAUCGAGAUAAUGAGAAAGAAAAAAAAUCCUUAAGUAGCCCAUGUGGGUGUAGACUAUCUCCAGCAGAGCCAUCUGCUGUCGGCUUAGAUAAAUCUGUAAAUGGAAACCAUGAAGAUCUUCAUUUAUCCCCAACAGAUGAUGAGAGACUGCAUGCUAAAGCUUGCUCAGCCAUGAGCCUUGAAGAAAAACACUUGAGCCACAAGAGGCCAGAUAAAAAAGAAAUAACUAAAACUCAUGUUGAUGAUGUAGCUGUGAAAAAACAUUAGUAAGAGAAAGCAGGAAGAUGUUGAGAAAGAUGAGAAGAAGGAACACGUUCCAUCAAUUCCAAACAUCUUCAUGUUUAACACAGACAAUGCAAAAGUAAAGGUAAAAUCUGAAACGGAUAAAUCAGUAGCCCCAACGAUCCCUGAAAAAGUGCCUGCUCCAGUUGAGCUGGACGAAUGUGCUAAACCUAGGAACCGAGGACCUUUAAAGUUACGCAAACUCUUUUCUGCCACGUUUCCCACCAGAAUGAGACGUGAAACCGAUGAACGACAAGCCCAGCUGCGCAAAGUUAAGCAGUAUGAAAUGGAAUUCCUUGAAGAACUGCUUAGACCACAGGGCAAAAUAGGUGGUCCACGCCAAGAAAUCCUUUACCCCCUGGUGCCUAGACCUUGCUCAUGCCAGGUACGUAGCAGUCCUCUUCAAAAAGUGCCAGGUAUGUCUCGUGAGCAACGACGCAGCUGUGAUUGUAAACGUAUAACAAGAGGUAUCCAUGCCCCACCUAGCAGUUCUUUGGAGCCUGAACCAAGGAACAGGCCAAGAGUGCGGGGCAAAGGUCACCCACGACUCGUGCGUUCCUCUAGUCUGGAGUCACGGGGAUCUGAGAAGGUAACGUCAUGUCUUACGACCGGUGAAAUGCGAGCAGAAAGCACCAUUCAUUCCACAAAUUUGCCGCAAAAGCUUAGCACCGGUGAAGUUAAAAAAAAGGAAGCGCCAAGCAACCCGCCCAGCGCUAAACCGCAAAAGAAAGAGGUUGAGCCUCCCAUGUUAAAAAGCAAAAUGACAGAUUUGAUGGGGAACAGAGAGGAGAGAAAGCCUUUGGUGAAUCUACCAGUAGAGGAAGAAGUAUUUUCAGUCCAAUCAAAGUUGCCUGCAGAGGAAAAUGUAAUUCCAGGGGACAAAUGUUGCUCUAUCCGCCACUGCUUCAACUGUCGCCGGUGCUCCUCGGCUGAUGAGAGCAGUGACAGGGAUGAAUUAUCCUACUCCAUUCCCAUGCAGAUUCUUCCGGAAUCAGUUUAAAUUCGGAGACCACCCCACUGUUAAGCCAGACCCUUCAAGUACUAGAUGCUAGUGUGUGCAGUGUCCAUGAAGAUAAUCAGACACAAGAGAUUGAUCUUCGCACAGCCACCUUUGAGGGCAGCCUGGCCAAGGUGAAUGCUCUGCAUGGACGUUCAUAUUCCCUUCCUGAUGGCUUCGUGUCCGUUCAACGUGAUACCAGCGAACUCCUCACCGUGCUGCGUCAAUGUGUCGUCAGCACUGAGGCUGGAGAGCCCAAGCUAGACUCAACGCAUCUCAGCCAACGCAAACAAGAGUUGACCAUGCGAUUUAAGGAGUUCCGGGCCUCCUGUAGAAGAAUGGCAGGCGUGGAUAAAAACCCAGAGCAUAUGCUCACCGCAGUGACUUGCAGCUUUCAGGUGCUCUGCAGUCUCAUCGAGACUUUUGUAAAACUGGUGUUUUUGAUCCGUUCCGAAAGCCAACGCCAGGAGCUCUUGGCAAAAGUAGAAGAAGUGGUGAGAAAUUAUACUUUCUUGCUCCGGGCAGCGGAAGAAUCUAGUACGCGGACAGUUGCCCAGUGUAAUACCGUGGUAGGACAGUUUAGCAAAGCAGUCCGCCACUGUAGCCACGGCAGUUAGUACUUUUUCUCGUUCGAUCAAAUCUUUGAUGAGCAAACAGUAA